AUGGAAGAAUUUAAGAAUCUAAGAAUUGAAUAAAUUAGAUGGUCAUUAUGAUUGAGUGUAUUCAGUCUGCUUCUCUCGUGAUGGUAUUACAUUAGCAACAUGUAGCAAAAAUCCUUUUUAUAAUAAAAUUGAUAACUCCAUCUGUUUAUGGGAUGUAUAAACAGGAUAAAAAUUAGGAAAAUUAGAAGGUCAACAUGAAUGUGUUAAAUCAGUUUGUUUUUCUCCUGAUGGAAAUACAUUAGCUUCUGGUGGUGAUGAUAAGGUUAUUUGUCUAUGGGAAGUGAAGACUAAGAAAAAAAAAACCAAAUUAAAUGGUCAGACUAACACUGUCUAAUCAGUCUGUUUCUCUCCUGAUGGAAAUACAGUUGCUUCUGGUAGUGAUGAUAAGUCUAUUUGUUUUUGGGAUGUCAUAACAGGAUAAGAAAUUAAAUCCUCUGAUAAAAAUUACAAAGAUAUUCUUGCAUAAAUUAAGAUUCCACUCCAAUAACAUAGCCAUAUUUCCGAAGGUCGUAUUUAUCCCCUAUCAUAUUGUUAGCCUCCAAUUUCAUCACAACACUCCUUAUAUCCUAAUCUGCAAUAUUCUAAGCAUAAGGAGCUCUAGUUCUCGAAGGAGAAUUCAUCAAUCAUCAUGGAAUUGAUUCGAGACCUUUAUUGAAAUCCAAAAGUAGCUGUAUUUCGGAAAACCAAUUAGGCUGCCAUUAAAAAUGA